CAUGUGCUAUUAGGGAAGUUCGGGAAGAAGCCAGAAUUGAUAUCAAUGAAUUGAAUUAUAUCUGUCAACAUGAAGGAUCUUGUGUUUUUCCUGGCGAAAUUGAGGAAUCUCUUUAUAAAACUUUGGUCUAUUUCUCGAUCCUCGAUUCUAACCAAAUUCCAAUCCAAACUGAACCUGAUAAGAGUGAUGAAUGGUUUGAAUGCACUUUGACUGAGUUUGAAAAAGAUCAUUACAUGUUAACUCCAACAUUGGAAGUCAAAAAGAAAGAGAUUGUUGAAACGAUUAAACAUAAAUUAACCCAACAUAAUAGAAAGAGAAGACGUGUUGUUAAGGAGGAAAAUUUGGAG